UGUUCAAGCAAGGCCAGCAUUGGGGAGGACUCGUCUCCUCACUCGACGCCGGUGCUGCAGGCAACAUCAAACAACCACGAUGACAGCCGCGAUGAUAAAGUCGGGACUCCAACGCUAUGCCGUGCAGCUGGGACGUCCAUUGCCAUCUCGGACGCGGAUUGCUGGCUGCAGAUUUCUCACAACGUCAACGCAUGCAUUACUACCAGCAUCCAAUCCAAACCCAUUGGGUUAUCUGUGCUCACCUACGCAAUUUCAGAACCUGCUCAAGAACGAAGCCAAAGCGGUCGAUGCCUUUCUGAAAGGAACGAGGACGAACAAGACAACGUUUGUGCAAGAACUGGAAGCCACAGUGCGAGAUCGACAUGCAAGCCCGUCGUGGGACUGCAUUGGAAAGUUUCUUUACUUGUUGCGUCAACCUGGAGAGUCAUUGGGCUGGUUGCCGUCGGCAAGCUCAACCGGGGGUCGAGCCAAGUUGCCCACGUAUGUUCGCCAACAUUGCGAAACGGGUGCCAUCCAGCCACUCUUGGAGUGUGGGCCGGAUACUGGGGCACCUGUAUCGCUUGCUUUAUCUCCCGAGCAGCGUCUUGUCGCCUUCUUGUUUCCUACAAGGCGCGCGCACUGCUUUAACGCGAAAAUCUUCGACUUGGGUUGGAGCAGCCAUUCAUCAUCCGCGGUAGCGAAUGCGCCGGCGCCGCGUCCAACCCUCGUUGCCGAACUGGACAAUGUUCACGAGCUGGUGCUUGGUACGCUCAACGACACUGUCGCUGGUGUGCCCGUCUUUUUCACGCGCGCAACCCCAAGUGGUCGAGUCGAUCGCCUCUUUGUUGCGGCCGUGCCGUCGCAAGCCUCACCAGCCACUAACUCCACCGCGUUCAAGCCGUACGCUCACCUGGUAUACCAAGAAACCAACCCUGCCUUUUCCAUCGACCUGUCUCGGACACACGAUGCUCGAUGGAUUUGCGUCCGAUCUGGAACGCGGACGCUGCAACAUGUUUGGGUAGUAAACGGACGCACUCCCAUCAUGCUCCAUCCAACCACCAAGCAGUCAAGGCUGCAGCUUGUGGACAUUACUCUGAACAGCUCUGCUGUCGGUCGGGAGCACUACCUGAGCCACCGGAACGACCAAUUUCUGCUGCUUACGAACAGCGGAGCGAAUAGCGAAAAUCAAGUCUUGUUUGCACCCAGUCCGCCUGCCUCCGAUGAGCACGAGCCGAUAGAAGGCAUCACAAUGCUGCUGGAGCGCCAGUCAAGCACGAAACUCUUGAUUGAACAAUCCGCUCCGGGCUUCUUGUGGACCGAGUGGUUGCCCAAGGCUGCGUUUCAUGGUGCGUCGAUUGUGGAUAUUCAGGUUCAAGACGGCCAGAUUGUUCUCUUUCUAUCGAAACGGGGCCGACCAGCAAUCUCCAUUGUCAGCUCGGUCGCUGCUGCCGCAGACACGACGCGACAAUUGCAUCAUUUUGUUCCGCCCCACACCCACGCCAAUCAUCAUCUGCAACAACUCGCGACGGAUCGGCUGCUGACAUUUUCAUCAAUGAAAACCGGCCAAUUUCACAUUAUCUGGAUUCAUUUUGAUGCGACCAUUGCCAGCGUUCACCAAAGCAAGACCCCCAAGAAUGGUGAAUUGGCUCUUCGGUUGCGGUCGGCAGCCAUUGCUCGAGACAUUGAAGUGGGAAUCGCAAUGUGGCCAGCGCCAAAAGUGAUUUGGGCACAACCGUCGUGGCUCUCGUCUUCCGAGCUAGCAGCCAUGUCUACUGCCGACAAUGCGGGAUGGAUGAGCAGGAUGAGUCGGUUUCUUCAUGAGCGGUAUUCGCUCGCUCGCAAUGGACCCGUCCCUCCGUCGCUCGAUCUUGACAAGUUUGUCAGCUACUCGGUGCGUGCUCGCUCCUUGGAUGGAACGACGAUGGUACCCAUCACCCUCGUUCACGCCAUCGAUGUACCGCUCGACCAGCCUGUGCCGCUCUUGGCCACUGGGUACGGCGCCUAUGGAGAAGACGCCCUGGACAUGUUUGGUCGAGAUGAAAUGACUGAGGCCUUGUUGAGGCGCGGCUGGAUUCUUGCGCUGUGCCAUGUCCGUGGUGGUGGCGAGCUUGGACGAACUUGGUAUCAAGCGGGGCGUCGAGAAGGCAAACCAAACUCCUUCCUAGACUUUGCAGGCUGCAUCCUAGCCCUACAGCAAAGACCGUUGGCGCUGACCAGCAAUAAUCCUGCCACCCGACCACCAUGGUGCCCUGCUGACGCUCCCGGCACAACGCCCGAGAACUGUCGACUAGAAUAUGACAGCCCUUCGCCUGUUGGCACUCGCUCUGCCCCUUUCACAACUCCGCAAAUGACCGCGCUCAAAGGCGUGAGUGCUGGCGGCCUACUGGUUGCCACGACGCUAUUAUCGUUUCCUGGAAUUGCUCAAAGUGGAAUCUUGGCAUCUGCGUUCGUGGAUCCCUUGGCAGAGAUGCUGGACUCCACAAGAACACUAUCCCAACGCGAGCACGACGAGUGGGGAAAUCCGCUCGUUGAUUCUUCCGCGCGCAAACGGAUCGAGUCCUUCUCCCCAGUGACUCUUGCAGAUAGUUCCUUGGCGUCCAGGCUGCGACAGGCUCAAGGCUUGGAUGUGCAGCACCCACUAGGCUACCCAUACUCGCACAUGCUGUUUACGGUUGGCACGCGAGAUACGAUUGUCCCAUUCACACAAACCCUGCGGCUCGUGGCCCAGCUUCGAGCUGAAACUGCCAAGAACGUCGGCAACGCGACAACACCAUUGCUUCUGUGUCAUGUCAUGCCAGACCAAGGACAUGUCGUAGAAGGUGCGUCCGCGUUUGUGCAAACUUCAAGUAUAGAAUUGAGUUUCCUCACGGAUUGUCUGAGCCGUGUCAGUGGUUGAUUUCCGCGGUCCAACGGCGAAUAAGUCACUACAAUUGUCGGCGUGUGUGUAUCGAUAGUGCAAUACAGGAACGUAAAAAUCA